UUCAUAGGUGAGCUGUACACUGUGUAUAUAUAUACCUGUGCAAGCACUUAUAAUACUAGGGCGUGUUUAAAUAUAUGUUUGUAUUUUGGAGAAAAGAAGGAAAAAAACAGUAUAGGCCUUGAGCUGCAGUACACAGUAACCACAUGUGUUUCAUCCUAGGUUUUCUCUCUUUAUGUGCAGCAAUGUACUUUUGUGGUAAAAGCUUUAUCAUAUGCACCAAGAUGUAGCUUUAAUAAGAGGUGUUACUUUGAACUCUAAAUGUUUAUCUCAGAUGUAUAUCCACUGCCACAGAGUGGUUCUAAGGAAACCAUAGAUUAUUAAGUUUGCUCUUUUUCUAAGCAGCCCACCGCCAUGAAUGUAACAUGAGUUCUUGUUCUGUAGCUUAGUUUUCUGAAGACUGAAAAACAACAUCAAAGGAAUCAACAUGAGUGACUCCUUUGAUGAAAUGCGCUCAUUUUGAAAUGGGGGUAUCAAACAGUGAAACGUGUAUAAGACAUGGGCGCAAAGAGGUUCUCCACUGGUCUCUGAAGUGGCUGUGUACAAAUAUGACCUAUCACCCUGCAUUAGGGACCAGUAUGACGCCAUCUACGUCACCUGCUCCUGAGACCAAACACACUCUGGUCACUGUGGACAUAGUUGUGCUGGUGGUCUACUUCCUGUUGGUGCUGGCGGUGGGCAUCUGGUCAAUGUGGAGAACAAAGCGCAGCACGGUGGACGGAUACUUCUUAGCUGGGAAGAACAUGACCUGGUGGCCUAUCGGCGCUUCCUUGUUCGCCAGUAACAUUGGAAGUGGACACUUUAUCGGUCUGGCAGGAUCAGGAGCUGCAGCCGGGAUCGGGGCCAUUGCAUACGAGUGGAAUGGCAUGCUGAUGGUGCUGCUGCUGGGGUGGCUCUUCCUGCCCAUUUACAUAUCCUCUGGGGUAACAACCAUGCCAGAAUACCUGCAGAAGCGUUUCGGAGGCAGAAGAACGCAGCUGUUCAUCGCAGUCCUGUCUUUGUUCAUUUACAUUUUUACCAAGAUCUCAGUGGACAUGUACGCUGGUGCCCUGUUCAUACAGCUUGCCUUACAGUGGGACAUCUAUCUGGCUAUAGUGCUGCUGCUGGCAGUCACUGCUAUCUACACUGUAGCAGGUGGACUUGCUGCAGUCAUUUACACGGAUGCUGCUCAAACUGCCAUCAUGUUGGCAGGAGCUCUGACCCUCAUGGGCUUCAGCUUCAUUGAGGUCGGAGGCUGGAAUGCCCUGAUGGAGGAAUACCACCAGGCCAUACCAUCCAUCCGUGUGCCAAACUCCACCUGUGGAAUGCCACGAGCCGAUUCUUUCCGCCUGUUCAGAGACCCAGUGAACUCUGACCUGCCCUGGCCCGGCAUCAUCAUUGGCAUGUCCAUUCCGUCUAUGUGGUACUGGUGUUCUGACCAGGUGAUCGUGCAGCGCUCCCUGGCGGCCAAAACACUCACACAUGCCAAAGGAGGCUCACUGCUGGCGUCUUAUCUGAAGAUCCUGCCUUUCUUUGCUAUUUUGCUGCCCGGCAUGAUCAGCAGGAUUCUCUUUACUGAUGAGGUUGCGUGCGCAGACCCUGAGACUUGUACACGGAUCUGUGGAAACCCCGUGGGUUGCACGGAUACCGCCUAUGCCAUACUGGUGAUGGAGCUGCUGCCAGCAGGGUUGCGAGGUCUGAUGAUGGCGGUGAUGAUCGCUGCCCUCAUGUCCUCACUGACCUCCAUCUUUAACAGCGCCAGCACACUUUUCACCAUGGAUUUAUGGAGGAGUUUCAGAUCCAGGGCAUCUGAGUGGGAGCUCAUGCUGGUGGGAAGGCUGUUUGUGCUGGUGCUGGUGGUGGUCUCUGUGCUGUGGAUUCCUGUAGUUCAGGCCAGUCAGGGUGGGCAGCUCUUCAUCUACAUCCAAUCCAUCAGCACCUAUCUUCAGCCCCCAGUGUCCAUCAUCUUCCUCAUGGGCUGCUUUUGGAAAAGGACUAAUGAAAAGGGUGCAUUCUGGGGCCUGGCCAUAGGUAUCGUGGUGGGCUGCACUCGCAUGGUGUUGGACUUUGUCUACCCUGCACCUCUGUGUUUUGAGGAGGACGACAGACCUGCGGUGCUGAAAAAUGUCCACUACCUUUACUUCUCCACGAUGCUGUCCUUCCUCACUCUGGUGGUGGUUGUUGUGGUCAGUCUGCUCACAGAGGAGCCAAAGCCAGAGCAGAUCAGUCGCCUGACCUGGUACACAAGGUUUGACACAGUGGAGCCCACAGAGCAAAUAUCCACAGUGGACGGGAGCAGUAUGACCAUCGAGGUGAUGACAGAUAAGGAGGAAGUUAAAAGGAUGGAGCCGGAGGAAAUCAGCGGGAAAGACUCUUACACCUCCUCAUCCGUAGUGAGCAGCAUUCGAAGCCAGUCCAGGCUGGUGACUGCCAUCUACUGGCUGUGUGGGAUGGAAAGACGGAAAGAAGGAGAGACAAAUCCAGCAGUGAUUCCUGCACCGGAACAAAGCAUCUGUUCCCUGGACGAAGUGCCACGUUUACGAAACAUUGUCAACGUCAACCUCAUGAUUUGCUUGUCUUUAACCUUCUUUAUGAUGGGAUACUGGGCCUGAAGAGGAAGUGACAACACUCUUGUUUGAUUCACGUAAAAAGGAGUGUACUGUACGUGAAAGAUUGUUUUCUUUUUAAACACAAUCAUUUCAUUUAGACACAUACAUUAGCAGUGAUAUUGUAAUUCAAACUGUGUCUUGGUGAGGGUUUAAUAAAAUAAAUUAAAAUCGCAUCCCUUUUUAACUAAUUUAACUAUUCCAUUUUCCACUGUGCGUGUGUAACUUUUGAUUAAUUAAAAAAAAAGAUAAAAGAAUGCUGCAAAGGCCUUUAUUAUGAUGAUAUUUAUGAUGAUGGAGCAACAAAAAUACUGAGAAACAAAGGAGCUCAAAAAUACCACAACCAGAUAAGUAUUGACAGCAGUACUUAAAAAAUUACAUACAGUGGGAAUUAAAUUUAUUUGCAGUAUUUGGUCAUUGCUCAACCUCGCCGAUCACUUGAGAUAUCUAUUGGCAUACAAUAUAAUAAAAGAAAACAAAAAAUUAUAACAAUUAAACUCAGAGUUGAACCCUUUCUCAAACU